AUGGAUCCUUGUCGAAUUUGUCUCAAGCCAAAACCCAAUAAUUUCCUAACAAAUCUCUCCUCCGCUACCUUCCAAUAUGUAUCCUAUCGUCACAUUUAUUCGUAUUUUGGUACAGCUCUGGAGCACCACAAGGAAUUUCCGCUUGUUAUUUGUCGUGAUUGUGAAUUCCAAAUGAUUUGUGCGUACAAAUUCAAAAUGAAGUGCCUCGAAGCUGAAAUAAAAAUCUCCCUAAUUCUCCAAUCGAAAUCACAAAUUGAUAAGGGAACAGAGGAGGAGGUGGAGGAGGAUGAGAGCAACAGAUUGGAGUGUCUAAUUGAAUUAAAUACCCUUUCGCAGCAACAGGAAAUGGAAAUCAAUCUCAUAUCGUCAUUCAUUAAUAAUGCCCCGGAAAUAUUGAGCAUCGACGACGACAGGGGUGAUCUCAAUUUUGCAUUAAAUCCCAGUGGAAAUUUAAUUGAAUUUAAUGAACAAUUUGACUAUGACACACAUGUGAGUAGUCGUGCUGAUUCACUACCUGAUUUAAUAUUAUUUGGUAGUACUGCUGCUGCUGCUUCAUCUUUAGCAAAAGAUUCCACUGCAACAUGCCCAGAAUUAAUUAAUUAUGCUGAAGUUUCACCGGAAAUUCAAGAGCAACCUGUAAAUGAGAUCAAGUGCAGCAAAUGUGGGAAUAAAUUGAAUGAUCACCUUUCAUCGAAUGCCAGAGAAAAUGGUGAGAUUACAUGCGAUCAGUGCAAGGAGGAUGAUUUCCAAACGCUCUUCUUGUGCAAAGAAAAAGAGAUGAACCGCGAAGAAAAAAGUGUGGAAGUAAAGAAAACUCUGCGAAGAGCUAGAAAACCACGAAAUUCUGCAAAGAAAUUGGAUGAUUCCUAUGAGGAAUGCAAGCUUUGCGGAAUUUACAUAAAAUCCAUUAAUAUUUGCAGACAUUUGGAACUCCAUCAGAAUAAGGCAGCUAACAAACAGUAUCCUUGCCAUAUUUGUGGAAAAACCUUUGCUGUAAAAUACUACGCAAAUGAUCACGUAAAGCGUGUGCACAGAAGAUUGGAAAAUGAUGUGAAUGCAAAUGAAAUCUUCCCGAAGAUGAAGGUAAAAUGCAGCAUUUGUGAGAAGGAAGUCCGCAAGUACUUUCUAGAUCGCCACAUGAAGAGUCACAGAAGCAAAAAAGUGGAGAAUCAAUCCUUCAUUUGCCACCUGUGCCAGAAAACGUUCAUAUCGAGAGAAACAAUUCGUGCCCACAUGAUUACGGUGCACCUGAAGAAGAAGCGCUACAGCUGCAAUCACUGUGAUCAAAAAUUCAUCCACAGUCUCACGCGGUAUCGCCACAUCAACAAGUACCAUCUGAAGAAGACUGUAGCAUCCUGUUCACUGUGCUCAGCAUCCUUCUACCACAAAACCUCCCUUGUGGCGCAUCGGCGGAAGUUCCAUCCACCUUCAAUUACUCUCAAAUGCGACGAAUGCAAUGCCAUUUACUUUGACCGACGCCAGCUCAAGAAGCACCUUCUGGUGCACUUUAAGAAUAAUUUCACCUGCGAAUACUGUGGGGAUAGUUUUGUGAGGAGGAGGAAGCUCAUGACGCAUAUUCAGAUGCACACAGGUCAUGGAGGUGACUGCAUCUGCUCCAUUUGCGGUGAAAGCUUCGACAGAGUUUUCCGUCUUGAGUUUCAUAUGGAGGAAAUGCAUCCAGGAGUCAAGGCUCAGGCUUGA